GACAAGUUGAGCACUAGCUUUGCCACCGUCUUGCCCACAGGCUCUCAUCACGUGGAGCUGGAUGACUUACCAUCCACGCUUAUCCCGUAUUCCGACGAGCCAACCAAGGUGCGCAAGGUACGGUUCAAUCUCACUUUGACCACGGUACAUGAAGUCACUCCCUACUCUGAAGUCUACGGCAUGCACCCGCGGUUGCUGAAAGUCCAACCGGGCGAAUUCUACUUGCAGCCAGCCCCUCGACGAGAUGAUCGCAGUGACAGCGAAGAGGAGGACGGCUUGCCCGAUAGUAUGCAGAGUUAUCCACAAAUGACUCGCCAGUUCCUGCUGAGAGCGCUGCCAAAGGCAUGGUGGAAGCUCUGGCCACUUUUGUUUGCCGCAUUUUGGCUUCGUGCCUUCGGUGUCAAGACGGUGCUG